CUUCCAGAAGAUCUGUCUGCGGUAGCAGCAUCCACACCUAGGUAGAUGUGAGUGCGGACUACAAAGAACCUCCCGAUUCCAAGGGACGAUUUGGGAAAGAAUGAAACUGGGGCACCAGCGGGAACCGGGGACAGACAGAACGCGUAGUGGCCACAAGGCAUGAUUUGGAGGACGAUGUAAAGAGACGACGUACUGUAGAGUAGGUAGCCUUGGCUCACGGCCCUCCACGCCAUAUACCCUUCGGGAGGUCUGCGGUAAGGGCUCUAGCCCGGCCGCCACGGCGUUAAAUACAACAACAACAACAACAACAUACGCUUCCUGUGAGCAUCAUUUGGACGCUGCAGAUGAAACUGAGGACAUGAAUAUAUCUCAUCAUCGUUCUCAGUCUCGGUUACGUUGCGGUAGCUAUGGGUGUUAUCAAGUCAGUCUACCAAAUAGCCUACGGGAAAGACAUGGACAAGACUUUUUACCAAAGUAUUCAAUUCUGGGAAUUCUUACAACUCAACCUCGGAAUCAUUGCGGCUUGCGCACCAUCCUUGAAGCCUCUUGUCGGUCAUGCCCUCAAGAUUUCGUCGAGCGACCGCUAUCACGGCGAAUUAUACGAGAAUCGAAGACGGACCGGAACGAAUACGUCGAAACGCCGCCAAGGUUACAGAGUUCAUGACAGUCAGGUUGAAUCCGAGAUGCAUGGUCGUACUUUCGCUGGAUCCCCCGAGGUACAGCGCAGUACUGUAGGUAGCCUACAUCAAAGCCCAUACGGAAAAGACGGCAGCAGGGGGUCUGGAAGCGAGGACAUGAUCCUCCAGGAUGAUAAAGGACCUGGGCUUAUGCGGACCACAGAGAUAUCAAUUAAGCGAUGAGUUGGAAGCCCUGAGAUCCUAGCAUUCAAAUAA